CCAUCCUGAGGAAGAUGAACCUCAACGACCUUGCAGGCAAACUAGAGCGAACUGACCAUGCUACUGUAAGCAGAGCACGACCACAUUUGCUGAAAUAUGCCUGUGUGCUCACACUGGACCCAAACACAGCAGGCAAAGAACUCUCUCUCUCUGAGGGGAACAGAAAGGUGACAUUUGUGAGAGAGCAGCAGCUGUAUCCUGAACACCCAGAGAGAUUUGACUGGUGGAGGCCUCAGGUGUUGUGUAGAGAGGGUCUGACUGGACGCUGCUACUGGGAGGCUGAGUGGAGUGACAGAGGUGAUAUGUGGAAUGGGAGUAGAGGAGCUCGUAUAACUGUGGCCUAUAAAAGCAUCAAGAGGAAAGGGGGGGGUGAUGACGUCAUAAUGGGAUGGAAUGCCAAGUCCUGGAGUCUCGACUGCUAUCCUGACAGAUACUCUGUCUGGCAUAAUAAUAAACACACUGACAUACCUGCCCCCUCCUCCCGCUCCAGAACAGUAGGAGUUUACCUGGACUGGCCGGCCGGCACUCUGUCCUUCUACAGCGUCUCCACUAACACACUCACCCACCUGCACACGUUCCACUCCACAUUCACUGAGCCCCUCUAUCCAGGGUUUGGGCUUUGGACUGACUCCUCAGUGUCCCUGUGCCAGAUCACAUGAGCUUCUCCAACAGUAUGUCC